AUGGCUAGCGGGAAGGUUCCUGUAUUUUUCCGUGGCUAAACCAACUAGGCUCAAAAGCCUGACCACACUGCAUCCCUCCAGACCAGUAGUGAAUAACAUUAUUCUGUAUAAUAGAUUAUCAAUUAUUCCAUAAUUCUAGAUUAAAAAAACACGCCCAAUCCCACAUUGACCCCGAGCGAUCACGCUCUCUUUCUCUCUCUCUCUCUCUCUCUCUCUCUCUCUCUCUCUCUCUCUCUCUCUCUCUCUCUCUCUCUCUGUCCCCCUUUCUCUCUGUGUAGGGCAGUGAGAUGCCCCUGGAGGAGCUGCUGGCGCUGUAUGAGUACGAGGUGUCUGACCCUCUCCUACAGCAGGACAGGGAGCCCAAUGAGCUGUCAGCCAGUCUGCCUGACAUGACACUGGACAAGGUGAGACCUGGGUAUACCUAGACAUACCUAAGACAGAUAAAACUGAAAACACAGCCAGAAAAGCAUUAGAUCAGGGGUGCCGAGUCCCUCGAAUUCCAUAGUCCAGACAGUUUUUGUUUCUGCCUAGUACUUCAUUGAUUAAUUUGUUAAUAAUUGGUUAUUGGUGCACCCACCUGGUUUUCCAGGCAUAAAUCAAUCAAUAGUUAAAAAGCAAGAUGGAAAACCAGCAUAGCGUACGCUGUAACUGUCAAGGAGCUGUGUACUCCUGCAUUCAAGAGCAUUACAUGAUGCAUGUUCUGGCAUUGACAUGAUGUCUAUUGAUUAUUUAAUGGAUAAUGAUGACUUGGUCCGUAAAUAAAUGAGUUAAAAUGGGCUCUUGAUGGCCUGUCUUGUCUAUAAACACUCAGAAAACAUGACAAUUACAGAAUCACUUUCAUGUAUCAUAAGUGCCAUUUACUUCACUGUGUGUGAUGCUUAGAGAAGGUAGUGGACUGUUCCAUUGAGACAGUAAUGGACUGUUCCGUUCUUCCAGGACCAGAUAGCUAAGGAUCUGUUCUCAGGAGAGGAUGAAGAGGAGUCAUCAGCUGAUGACCUCACUCCCUCUGUCACCUCCCAUGCCUCCGACCUCCUCCGCCGCCACCUAAGAGGUACGACCAAUGAUGUCAUAUACAGUAUCAUACUAUAUAAUGGGUAUGACACACUUCCUCCCUUCCCAACAAAGCUACCACUUUCCAUAAACAGCCCACCACCCACCCAGCCCACCACUCAGGAGAAUCCCCUUCCUGUCAUAUCAAUGGUCUGAGGGCCCUUUUAUGGCAAGACUGAUUUGUUUUUAUUGGGUAGUAUUAUGAGAAUGCUACAUAUUGGCAGUGGUGUAAAGUACUCAAGUACAUUUUUUUGGGGUAUCUGUACUUUACUUUACUAUUUAUAUUUUUUGACAACUUUUACUUUUACUUCACUACAUUCCUAAAGAAAAUAAUGUACUUUUUACUCCAUACAUUUUCCCUGACACCCAAAAGUACUUGUUACAUUUUGAGUGCCUAGCAGGCCAGGAAAAUGGUUCAAUUCACACAUUUAUCAAGAGAACAUCCCAGCUCAUCCCUACUGCCUCUGAUCUGGCUGACUCACUAAACACACAUGCUUUGUUUGUAAAUUAUGUCUGAGUGUUGGAGUGUGCCCCUGGCUAUCAGUACAUUUAAAAAAAGAAAAUGGUGCUGCCUAGUUUGCUUAAAAUAAGACAUUUGAAGUGAUUUAUACUUUUACUUGUACUUUUGAUACCUAAGUAUGUUUUAGCAAUUACAUUUACUUUUGAUACUUAAGUAUAUUUAAAACCAAAUACUUUUAGACUUUUACUCAAGUAGGAUUUUACUGAGUGACUUUCACUUUUACUUGAGUCAUUUUCUAUUAAGGUAUCUUUACUUUUACUCAAGUAUGACAAUUGGGUACUUUUUCCACCACUGCAUAUUGGUGUAACAAAUGUUCCCAUGUGUGUUCUCCAGCCCAUUCCCUGGCAGGCGGAGACAAAGGCACCUUAGUCAGCACCUCAGAAGAAGAUUCAGACAAUGAUGACGACACCUCUAUUCCCUCCAAUGAUGGACGCAAGGUGAGACACUGGGGACUACUGAACAGCGCUCAAAUCCUCUACAAUUACUCUUUAGGUAAAUAUAAAAACCUGUUUUCUGUGUCUGUGUGACUGAAACUGUGGUUGUUCUUUUACCAGGACAUCAUGGUGGGCUCAAUGUAUCAAGCCAAAAUCCCUCCUCUCAGCCCAUACUCAUACCAGGAGAGAGGUAACCCCCAAUUUCCCCUUUCAGAAUCAGUGCAUAUUUUAGAUUAGUGUGUUGACACUUUUUGACUCGCCUCAGUCUCACAAACAUUCUUAUACUUGUGUCUCUAUCACUAACUCUCCAUCUCCUGCUCCCAGUCUAUGAGAAUGAGGACCAGCUCCUGUGGACCCCAGACAUGCUGUCAGGCCAGGCUGUAGAGGAGUUCCUACUGAGUGCCCAGAGAUGGGGAGGCCAGGAGGGCGCUAAAGACACCCUUAUCACCGGGGACAUAAUCAAAGACAAUGAUCAGGUACUGUAGCGGGUUGGGGGCUAAAGCAGGAACAGAGUGGGACUUAGUGGGGCUCGAUCUAUACUGAAAAAAUAUAUAAACGCAACUUGCAAGGAUUUCAAUGAUUUUACUGAGAUACAGUUCAUAUAAGGAAAUUAGUCAAUUUAAAUAAAUUCAUUAGGCCCUCAUCUAUGGAUUUCACAUGACUGGGCAGGGGCACUGCCACGGGUGCCCACCCACUGGGGAGCCAGACCCAGCCAAUCAGAAUAUGUUUUUCCCCACAAAGGGCUUUAUUACAGACAGAAAUACUCCUAAGUUUCAUCAGCUGUCCGGGUGGCUGGUCUCGGAUGAUCCCGCAGGUGAAGAAGCCGGAUGUGGAGGUCCUGGGCUGCCGUGGUUACAUGUGGUCUGCGGUUGUGAGGCCGGUUGGACAAAUUCUCUAAAACAACAUUUGAGGCGGCUUACGGUAGAGAAAUGAACAUUCAAUUCUCUGGCAACAGCUCUGGUGGACAUACCUGCAGUCAGCAUGCUAAUUGCACGCUCCCUCAAAACUUGAAACAUCUGUGGCAUUGUGUGACAAAACUGCACAUUUUAGAGUGGCUUUUUAUUGUCCCUAGGACAAGGUGCACCUGUGUAAUGAUCAUACUGUUUAAUCAACUUCUUGAUAAUCCAUCCACCUGACAGGUGUGGCAUAUCUUGGCAAAGGAGAAAUGCUCACUAACAGGGAUGUAAACAAAUCUGUGCACCACAUUUUAGAGAAAUAAGCUUUUUGUCCGUAUGAAACAUUUCUGGGAUCUUAUUUUUUAGCUUAUGAAACAUGGGACCAACACUUUACAUGUUGCGUUUAUAUUUUUGUCCAGUAUACGUUUGUUAGCCAAUUAACUUGUUUGCAUGUUGAGUGAUUUCUGCACAGUUCACAUUAUGGUCGAGGUCACAGAUUUCAGUCACAACUGUUUCCCCUCUUUUCUCAUUCUGUCCUUCAGGCUCUGUAUGAGUUGGUGAAAUGCAACUUCAAUGCAGAGGAGGCACUGAGAAGACUGCGCUUUAAUGUCAAAGUAUUCAGCGGUAAGACCGUCCACGACACAUGUAUUACUGCUAUCUAGUAUGUAAUGGCAUCUUACUGCAAUACCUUACUAGUAACAACAACUCUAUAAACUAAUAUCAAUAAUAACUCACUAGUGGAAGCGAAUGAUUAAUUCAACUCAAUACAAUUUUGUCUUUGAGGACCAACCACCACCCCUGUAGAUUCUUCAACUCAAUAACCACCCCUGUAAAUCAAAAAUGGGUUGUUAAUUCUCUACAGCUGUUUAGUCUCUGGAUGCUGCUAGUAUUUUCAAUUUCAGAGCAUUUAAAAAAAGAUGUCCCAAAUUUAUUGUGGGGAUCAUGGAGCUUCUUUGGUUUCUUUGGAACUUCCUCUGCUUUCCCUUGGAAAUGCAAUUAUUUGAUAGACCUACCAUGAACCCAUGUUACCAACAACUUGAAAAUACACUCAUACUAUAUAUUGGCCGAGGUCAAAUAUUUAGGCUAAAUCCCAGGGCUCGUAUUCACAAAGAGUCUUAUCUUAUUCGUAUCAGCAGUCCUACUCUGAAACCCUUUUUGAAUAUGGGCCAUGGUCUGUCAGGUUUUUGAUCCUGCAUUUCCGUUGCGCACAUCCAAUCUGGGAGUGUAGGUGAAAAUGUAUCCUAUUGUGCCCGCACCAGUGUAGGCUGCCAAAUGAUUCAUUGUCUUGCGGUAUUAUAAUAUAAAUAAUGGAAAUCAUUGCAUUCAAACAUUGAGCAUUCAAACAUUGGAGCUUAUGGGGUGAAUAGAUUUCACAUGGUGAGCUACUGUAAUAUGAGUUACGAUUAAUUUAAGUCUGUUCAGGUUCCAUUCCCUCCUAACUGCUGUUGUGUUCUGUGCAGAGGAGCUGUGUGCCUGGAGCGAGGAGGAGUGUCGAAACUUUGAACAUGGCUAUCGAGUUCAUGGGAAGAACUUCCACCUCAUUCAGGCCAAUAAGGUGAGCAGAACAGAAACUUCUAGCGUCAGGUUUGGGGAGAAAACCUGAUUUGCUACAAAGCUGAAAUUCUCUGUUUUUCUGUCAUGACCUUGACUGGCAUCAUACAUUACCACUUAAAUGCAAAUGUUGACAGCUGCUUCAACAUAACCUGAGGUGUACCUGUGCAAACCUGCUUGUCUGCGUUGAUCAGACAGGAAACUCACUGAUCUCCAUACUGCAGCAAACAUCAAACCAAACUGUGUUUACGUGUCAGGUACGCACACGGUCGGUGGGGGAGUGUGUGGAGUAUUACUACAUGUGGAAGAAGUCGGACCGCCAUGAGUACUUUACCCAGCAGACCACCAAGCUGGGUCGCAAGAAGUACAGUCUGCAGUCAGGGAACAUGUAAGUAGCACUGCAGAUAUGAGACGGUCUAUCUCAAUGACCCUGUCUAGACUUGACACUCAGGCUGCAUUUAAAUGCCAGCUAAAUUAGCACAUGCCCCCAUCGUGUUGUUGUUGUCGUGAUCUUCUCCUUGGUAUGGCACUGUUCUCAGAAUAUAUUAUUGAAAUAUAGCGCAGGAAAAGGACAUCCGAACACAAUGUGGACACAGCAGACAUGUCUUUUACCAUGAUGAGAAUGUGACAGCAUCAUCUUUAUCAGAACAGGAAUGUGUGUAGAGGUGUAGAGACAAGUAAACAAUAUAACCUCCUUAUUGUCAUUAUUUUCAGACUAGAGAUGUUUAUUAUGUAUAGCUGAUAUCAUGCUGGGAGUUUGAAACUGAGAAUGGAAAUUAGUGUUCUUCUUGGACAAGUUCAUGUGCAGUUGGGACUGUUUACAUGAGUUUCCUACUAUGUUGUGUCUUCCAGGGAGGAUGAAGAGCAGAAUGGAGAGGUUGGGGAGAUGGAGGGGUGCUCCCAGAUUGAGCCCCACUCACCCCCACCAGUCAUGGACCUGGACAAGCAAGGUAACCCCUGGUCCCUAGCCUUAGCCCCAGCCCUAGUCCCAGCCCCAGUCCUAUACCUCAGCCCUGGCCCUGAUUCCUGCCCCGGCCCUGAUUCCUGCCCCAGAUAAUUUUACUGAGACCGACAGACCACAAACACUACAGCUUGUUUGAAGGACUGAGGUCAUAAAAGUUAGCUAGAACCAUACGUGAUAGUCGUAUGCCCUCUCCUCUGAAGUCGCAGGCAUCCACCCACUUGCUGUACCAUUUCAAAGAUACGUCAUGCCAAAUCACCCCAUAUCCACUGGUCUCUCUGUCUUACUUGAGUCUUAUAAUUUAUUGUCUUGAUUACAUUGUUUGCCUCAGUUUGAUGGGUGGUGUUUAUUAACAUAUGAUUUGAAGCAUUUUUAUAUAUUGUUUUAUGUGUCUGUGUUUUCCCAUUGCUUUGUGUGUAUGUUUGUCUAUGUUGACAUGGCGUUGCAGAGGAGGAGGGCCGACCCCGUCGCAGACGAACGCCCCGCUUUCUCUUAAAGCCCUGAGCUCACUGCACACAGCCACUAACCAGGCAGGGCCACCAGGUAAAGACUCUAACCAGGCAGGGCCACCAGGUAAAGACUCUAACCAGGCAGGGCCACAAGGUAAAGACUCUAACCAGGCAGGGCCACAAGGUAAAGACUCUAACCAGGCAGGGCCACCAGGUAAAGACUCUAACCAGGCAGGGCCACAAGGUAAAGACUCUAACCAGGCAGGGCCACAAGGUAAAGACUCUAACCAGGCAGGGCCACCAGGUAAAGACUCUAACCAGGCAGGGCCACAAGGUAAAGACUAACCAGGCAGGGCCACAAGGUAAAGACUCUAACCAGGCAGGGCCACAAGGUAAAGACUCUAACCAGGCAGGGCCACAAGGUAAAGACUCUAACCAGGCAGGGCCACCAGGUAAAGACUCUAACCAGGCAGGGCCACCAGGUAUAUACUCUAAUCAGGCAGGGCCACCAGGUAUAUACUCUAAUCAGGCAGGGCCACCAGGUAAAGAUACUAACCAGGCAGGGCCACCAGGUAAAGACUCUAACCAGGCAGGGCCACCAGGUAAAGACUCUAACCAGGCAGGGCCACCAGGUAAAGACUCUAACCAGGCAGGGCCACCAGGUAAAGACUCUAACCAGGCAGGGCCACCAGGUAAAGACUCUAACCAGGCAGGGCCACCAGGUAAAGACUCUAACCAGGCAGGGCCACCAGGUAAAGACUCUAACCAGGCAGGGCCACCAGGUAAAGACUCUAACCAGGCAGGGCCACCAGGUAAAGACUCUAACCAGGCAGGGCCACCAGGUAAAGAUUCUACCAGGCAGGGCCACCAGGUAAAGACUCUAACCAGGCAGGGGCCACCAGGUAAAGACUCUAACCAGGCAGGGCCACUAGGUAAAGACUCUAACCAUGCAGGGCCAGCAGGUAAAGACUCUACCAGGCAGGGCCACCAGGUAAAGACUCUAACCAGGCAGGGCCCACCAGGUAAAGACUCUAACCAGGCAGGGCCACCAGGUUAAAGACUCUAACCAGGCAGGGCCACCAGGUAAAGAUUCUAACCAGGCAGGGCACCAGGUAAAGACUCUAACCAGGCAGGGCCACCAGGUAAAGACUCUAACCAGGCAGGGCCACCAGGUAAAGACUCUAACCAGGCAGGGCCACCAUGGUAAGAUUCUAACCAGGCAGGGCCACCAGGUAAAGAUUCUAACCAGGCAGGACCACCAGGUAAAGAUUCUAACCAGGCAGGACCACCAGGUAAAGAUUCUAACCAGGCAGGGCCACCAGGUAAAGAUUCUAACCAGGCAGGACCACCAGGUAAAUAUUCUAACCAGGCAGGGCCACCAGGUAAAGAUUCUAACCAGGCAGAGUCACCAGGUAAAGACUAACCAGGCAGGGCCACCAGGUAAAGACUCUAACCAGGCUGGGCCACCAGGUAAAGACUCUAACCAGGCUGGGCCACCAGGUAAAUACUAACCAGGCAGGGCCACCAGGUAAAGACUCUAACCAGGCAGGGCCACCAGGUAAAGACUCUAACCAGGCAGGGCCACCAGGUAAAGACUCUAACCAGGCAGAGUCACCAGGUAAAUACUAACCAGGCAGGGCCACCAGGUAAAGACUCUAACCAGGCAGGGCCACCAGGUAAAGACUCUAACCAGGCAGGGCCACCAGGUAAAUAUUCUAACCAGGCAGGGCCGCCAGGUAAAGAUUCUAACCAGGCAGUGCCACCAGGUAAAGACUCUAACCAGGCAGGGCCACCAGGUAAAGAUUCUAACCAGGCAGGGCCACCAGGUAAAGACAGACAGAGAGAUAGAGGGAUGGGGUUUAGGGAGGUCUGGGGACAAGCUUCACUAACUCAACCCUCUGGGCCAAACUGUGUCUGACCUACCUAGCUUAUACUAACCCCACUGGAGUCCUUGAUGCACAGUGCAAACAGGCAGACAUAUUCAGCCAGUUCAUACUACAUUUUGUCUAGUUCAUACUACAUUUUGUCUAUUUCCUGUAAGGGUGAGAUUUUUAUUUAUUUACAGUUUCACAGAAACGUCUCAGUUACAGUGCCUUCAAAACAUCCUCAUGUUCCUCCAAUUUCUGCUGUUCCUGUUUUUGCUGUUGAUUAAAAAUAUGAGACCAGGUUUUCAUGAGGUCAGAACUAGAGGCUCUUUUCCUAAAUACUUUUGAGGGCAUUAUGAUUCUCAGGCCAGAUAGUUGUAAGUAUGAAAUCUAAAAUACAUUAACAGUAUUUUAUUGGAGGCUUAGCAUUUGAGAAAUGUUGUAUUGGCUUCUUCUCAAGACUUUCUGAAUUGUAACCUAAAAUGAUUGAUGAAUAGUUUAUUUGCAUUAUUUUAAUAAUGAUAAUGUUCUAAUUAUCUUACCAUGUUCACCAGCUUUGUUAAAUUGUACUUUGUCUGAAACUCUUAACAUUUUGUAUAGAGCUGAUUGUAACAUUAAGGGGGGAAAAAAGGGAACCACUGCCCAAUGUCAAUGCCAGUGAUGCUCUGUCGGUUACCAUUAAGGUAGUGCUUGUUCAAGUCCCUCUUUAGUAAUUCUUCUCUCCUUGUCUAGAUGCUGAGUUGCGGAUGGAGGUGUUGGAGCUGUGUGGUGCUCCUUGUCCCAGCCCAAGCCCACCGAGGGAGCAGCUGUUUAGCCACUUCUCUCUGAAGGACCUGCAGCAGGAGCCCUCUCUGAACUGUCCCAGCCCGGUCCGCAGUCCCACCUCUCCCCCUGCCCAGCUCCACCCCUCCCCCUGGCCCUGCGGCAGCCCCACAUCCUCCCCAGCGGAGCCUCAUCUCCUGGGUUCUGGCUUCUACCAGCUGCAGCUGGGGCCCUUCCUUCCAGACGGCCUGUCCAUGGGGCCAGAGGGUGGGGCCUCUCAGAGGCUGCAGGUGGACUUCUCCCUGCCCUCCGUCCCCCAGCCCCCACCCUUGACUGCCAUCGCCCCAUCCGUCUCCGUCACUUCUGACUUUGGGGCCAUCAGCAGUUACCUGUGUCCCUCGGCCCUGUGCCCCCCUCCCGUCCAGCACUCCCGCUCUCUCACUCAGUGA